AUGGCAGGCGGCGUCAAGAAACCCGUCAACAUCUUUCGCCUCAAGAACCUUGGCGAGCCCGCUGGCGUCUUCAAUUGGCGUCUCUGGUUCGCCGUGGUUUCCUUUGGUCUCCUGGGCGCCGCGCGAGGCAUUGACGAGGGUCUCAUUUCCGGCGCCUUCAACUCGGAUGACUUUCAACAAGCGAUUCACAUCAAGGAUUACACGACUGUCCAAAAGGCCAACAUCAAGGCCAAUGUUUCCUCCAUGGUUCAGCUCGGCUCUGUGGCAGGCGCCAUGAUUGCCUUUAUUGUAUGCGACCGAAUCGGACGUAUCCAAGCCACCCGAUUUCUCUGCAUGCUCUGGAUUCUCGGCAUCAUCAUCUUUAUGAUUGGCGGUGUCAAUGGCAAUCUCGGUGCCAUUUACGCUGGUCGCUUUAUAGCCGGUCUAGGCGUUGGACAGACGCCCGUCGUUGGUCCCGUCUACAUUGCUGAAAUUGCACCGGCGUCCAUUCGCGGUCUAUGCACUUGCUUCUUCACCGGUGCCGUCUACAUUGGAAUCGUCCUAGCAUACUUUACAAACUUUGGCGCCUCCAUCCACAUUUCAAACCACAGCCACAACCAGUGGCUGGUGCCUACCAGCCUGCACGUCAUCAUGGCUGGCUUGAUUUUUAUCCUCAUGUUUUUCCAAUAUGAAUCGCCGCGCUUUCUCGUCAAGCAAGGCAAACCGGACAAGGCUGCACAGGUUCUUGCGUACAUUCGCCAGCAAAACCCCGACAGCGACUACGUUGUGCGCGAAACUUCAAUGAUCCAGGCUGCCCUGGAUCAUGAGCUCGAGGCUACACGUGGUGUCGGCUUCUUUGGCAUGGUCAAGGAAAUGUUCCUCGACAAGAGCAACCUCUACCGCGUCUAUCUUGCGACCAUGGUGCAGCUACUUUCUCAGUGGUCAGGUGCCGGCUCCAUCACACUCUAUGCGCCAGAUCUCUUCAAGCUCAUUGGAAUCACUGGAAAGCAAGAAGGUCUCCUUGUCACAGCCGUGUUUGGCAUCGUCAAGUUGAUUGCCGCAUUGGCCUGUGCCCUCUUCCUCGUUGAUGUCAUUGGUCGCAAGCUGUCGCUUCUCCUUGGAAUUACCCUACAGUCCAUCUCCAUGAUCUAUGUUGCCAGCUUCCUCACCAGCGUCCCUCAACUAGGCGUUGUCAACGGCUUCAAGCUCCCCGAAAAGGAUGUCGCCAGCAGUCGCGGUGCCAUUGCCAUGAUUUUCAUCAGUGGCUUCGGCUGGGCGUUGGGAUGGAACUCGAUGCAAUAUCUCUUGACGGCAGAACUGUUUCCUCUUCGUAUUCGAGCGCUCGCGACUUCUUGGGCAAUGACGUUGCACUUUGCCAACCAGUACGGCAAUACCCGAGCUCUCCCCAACAUGCUGCUCCCCCUUGACGACGGUGGCAUUUCCCCCAAGGGCACUUUCUGGUGCUUUGCGGCCAUUACCAUCAUCGGUGGGCUGUGGGUGCUCGUCUCUGUUCCCGAGACUAGUGGUCGUUCUCUCGAAAGCAUGGAUCGUCUGUUUGACCUUCCCUGGUACAGAAUCGGUCUGUAUGGUAAUAAAGAUGCCGAGCUUCAGGACGAAGCGUACAAUGAAAAAUCGCAAACUGCCCACGAGAUGCACGGGAUGGGCCAGCACGUCGAAAAGGCAGGCCAGCAUAUCGAGGAGAAGCCUCGGACGAUUGGCGUUUGA